CGCUGCGCUUGUUGGCUGCCUGAUAUGCAGACAUGGUCAUGAUAGCACACACAAGCGAACGUGGCGAGAUAAUCUCGGCACAAAGGUCGAAGAUGGCCCACACAUCGUCUCGCACUUGCCUGAGCAGCUGCGAAGCCCACUAUUCCUGCUUUCAUGACAGAUAGAGACGACUUGCCCAGUUGAAAGUCAAACACAAUGACGAAUGAUAACAAUCUCUUCGGGCUGCCAGACAGUGACUACCAGCCUAUCGCUAUUGUGGGAGUUGCUUGUCGAUUGCCCGGAGAAUCUUACACACCGUCCAAACUUUGGGAGAACUUGUUAAGACCUGGCAAAUCCGCAUGGUCAGAAGUGCCCAAAAACCGGUUCAAUCUUGAUGCGUGGUACCAUCCUGAUGGCACUAGACCCGGAAGCAUACAUACACUUGGAGGAUACUUUCUUAGCCACGAUGAUCACCUGCGCCAGUUCGAUCCUUCGUUCUUCGGAAUAAGCCCUCUCGAGGCCUCUUCGAUGGACCCCCAGCAACGCAAACUGCUCGAGGUGGUGUAUGAAAGUUUCGAAGAUGCUGGAGCCACUCUCGAGGAGCUCUCCGGUUCAAAAACAUCGUGCUUCGUUGGAUGCUUCACCAAUGACAUGCGACGCAUGGUUUCAAGAGACUUGGAAUAUGGAUUACCUUAUGAGAUGACCGGCAGCGACAUGACAAUCUUGAGCAACCGGAUCAACUACGUCUUCAACCUCAAAGGACCAAGCAUGACAGUCGACACAGCCUGCUCAUCUUCUCUCUACGCCUUGCACCUUGCAUGUCAAAGUUUGAUCGUCGGCGAUUCUGAAGCCGCUGUGGUAGGGGGCACGAACAUCAUAAACGACAUCGAGCAGCACAUCGCCAGUGUGCGACUUGGAGUUUUGUCUCCAUCAUCGACAUGUCACACUUUCGACGAGCGUGCGGAUGGGUUUGGUAGAGGCGAAGGCAUCUGUGCAGUAUACUUGAAGAAGCUCUCAACCGCUGUGGCUGACGGAGAUCACAUCCGUGCGGUCAUCAGAUCCACCGCAGUGAACAGUAAUGGGAAGAGCCAAGGCAUCAAUCAUCCCAGUUGGGAAGGUCAAGCGAAUGUCAUCAGAGAAGCAUAUGCUAAUGCAAACCUGGAUCCUAGACAGACUGGUUAUUUCGAGUGUCAUGGAACUGGAACGCAGGUGGGUGAUCCAAUAGAGGCGAUGGCCGUUGCGGAUGUUUUUGCCGAUGGUCGGACGCCAGACGAACCCCUAUUUCUGAGUUCAGUCAAGACAAACAUAGGCCACACCGAAGGUGCAAGCGGGCUUGCAAGCGUUAUAAAGGCAGUAUUGAGUAUUGAGAAUUCUCUGAUCCCAGCCACAGUCGGGGUCGAGACUCUCAACACGGCUAUCGACUUCAGAGAUGGCCGACUUGCUGUUGUUCGAAAAACUAUACCCUGGUCAGCAAAGCUCCCCAAACGAGUGAGCAUCAACUCUUUUGGAUACGGAGGUGCGAAUGCGCACUGCAUUAUCGAGUCAUCUGAGAUCCUUAUCCGGCCUGCUCAAGGCUAUGAAAGCACACCCUCAGUCUUGAAAGAGUCCUAUGAUACCGUAAUUACCCGUUUGAAAGCUGACACUAUCACGAAUAUGGAACAGACGCUCAAGAGGUACCUGUUGGUAUUCUCAGCUCAUGAUCGGCUUACCCUUGAGAAGAAUAUUGCUGCACUAGCAACCAUGAUUCAUAAACAUCCUGCAGCGAGUGUUGCAUAUAUUCUGGCUAAUAGAAGAACCAGACUUUCAUGUACGGCUUUUGCAACGAUCGCUGGUACGGAAGUCGAGUCGCAGUCUCUUCUAGAUAGAGUGCAGUACGGAGUCGAGGCACCGCUGGAGGCUUUGGUUGUGGCAUUCGUCUUCACAGGUCAAGGUGCGCAAUGGCCGACCAUGGGCUCCAAGUUGAUCCAGCAGUAUCCUAUCGUCCGUCAAACAAUGGCUGUUUUACAGUCUGCACUUGACGCACAGUCGAUCGUCCCGGACUGGCGUCUGGUCGAGGAAUUAUCGAAGCCAGCAAAGCAAAGUCGUAUGCACGAAACGGCUCUUGCUCAACCACUGAGCACUGCACUUCAGAUCGCUUUAGUCGUCCUCCUCCGAUCCUGGGGUAUACACCCAAGAGCUGUUGUUGGGCAUAGCUCUGGCGAAGUCGCCGCAGCAUUUACAGCAGGACUGUUGACAGAAACUGAGGCCAUCGCGAUAGCUUACUAUCGUGGUAUUGCAGUGAGCGAGCAUGGUAGACCUGGAGCAAUGAUGGCUGUAGGUCUAGGUGCCGACAAAGUUAUGCUCUAUCUGGUAAAUCAGUCGGAUGUAGUGAUUGCCUGCCAGAAUUCGCCCGAGAGUGUUACUCUCAGUGGUGAUGUGGACAUCAUUAGUAGGAUACAUGCUCGCCUCAACAAGGAAGGUAUUUUUUCACGAAUACUCGAUACCUCUGGCAAUGCAUAUCACUCGCACCUUGUCAAGGAUGCUGGCCAAUACUACGAAGACUUCUUCAAGUCCUCGUUCGCGAAAACUUCUCCUGAAACACCAUCCGAGGUCCCGAUGUACUCAUGCAUCAAUGGAAGGGUCUUGAGCUGUUCAGAUCAAGUUCGGAUUGGAUACUGGAGGGAAAAUUUGGAGAGUCCAGUCAACUUCACACACGCCUUGUCGUCCCUAAUUGCAUCACAGCCUACUGUUAAUUGUCUGAUUGAGAUUGGAAUGCACUCUGCACUAUCCGGUCCAAUAAAACAGAUCCGAAAUGCAAUUGGAAUAACGCCAGAAAGGCUUUGUUACAUGCCUAGCAUCAUCCGCAAUGGCGAUAAUGUUGAGAACCUCAUCUCUUUGGCUGGCAACCUCUGGAGUGCAGGUUACCCAAUAAAUAUGGCAGCUGUGAACGGCUUGGCUGGAGAGAGGCAUAGACACUUGCCAGACCUACCCACUUAUCAAUGGAACUAUGAGAGCGGCCAUCUUUGGAACGAAAGUAGAUUGAGUCAAGGUUUGCGAUUUCGGGAGCACGCCCGGCAUGAUCUGUUGGGUUCUCUUGUCGUGGUCUCCUCUGCUCUCAAUCCGACGUGGCGUAACAAGUUGAAGAUUAGAAACGUCCCAUGGCUAUCGGAUCACCGCAUCGGUGAUGAUGUGAUCUUUCCUGCAGCUGGAUACUGUGCCAUGGCAAUAGAAGCAGUGACGCAGUCUGCUGAAUUCGCCGGAGCAGUGGUUAGCGGCUACAUAAUUCAGCACCUAUCGAUCAAGACGCCGCUGGUAAUUCCGUCGGAAGGUGAGGUUGAAAUUCUAUUCGAUCUUCAUCUAGCGGGUGGUUCUACGUCACAGGGGAGUCAUAAUACGUUCGAUUUCAAUCUGAGCUCGGCCAGCGCAGACGACGGGUGGACUGAACAUGCUGCUGGAAGAAUUGUGUUUCACGAGCAAAGUACAGUACCAAGCACUCUUGACGACCAUGUCUAUAAGGCCGACCCUGAAGAUGCAAGUCAUGGAGACUGGUACAAGGCGCUCGCCAAGAUCGGAUUGCAUUAUGGCCCAAGUUUUCGUCCCCUGAGACAGAUUAGUACCAAUGCGAAGGACAACAGCGCGACUGCGCAGAUCAACAUGCAGACAACCAAAGGUUUGAUGACCCAGGAAUCUCAUUACGCAAUCCAUCCCACGACACUGGAUGGCUGUAUACAGCUCGCUGUCAUCGCAGCGUGUAAAGGUGACAUUAGAGGCAUUUCGAAGGCGUAUCUUCCUACCACAGUCGACAAUUUGGCAAUAUGGCGGACAUCAGAUUCAUCCCAACUGUCAGAUUGGUGUCUGCUUUCUAGCCAUGGUGCGCAACGUGGCAUGCGAUCUGUACAUGGAUCCUCGCAACUCUUUAGUUCGGACCAUGUCCUGAUAGCGCAGAUGACGAUCUCGUUGAUGUCCCUCGAAGGUGGUUUCGCUGACCAGGAGUCUCAACGAGCGCGCGAGCCAUUUACGCGGCUUGUUUGGCAACCUAUCAUCGACAAAGACCAGAUUGAUGGAGAUCUCCUGCCAACAAACACUAGUUCCGGCCUCAUGUCCGUCUCAAAUGACGCCGAACUCUUGCUCGUAUACAAAACAUUUUUCUGUCCACUAGCCAAAGCUGUCGAAGCUCGCGCCAAGGAUCAGGGCAUCGAGACUCGGCGCGUUGCUUUAGCAGAUUCAGAAUUCAGUAUCACCAAGGGCUCUCGAGUUCUUGUGAUGGCUGAGCUCGAAGGUCCGCUGCUCGUUGACAUGACCAGUCAAGAACUAUGCGCGGUGAAGGCACUACUCAGAAUGGCCUCGUCUCUCAUGUGGGUUACACGAGGUGGGCUUCUGAAAGGCAAGGUCCCAGAAUUCUCGAUCAUCUCUGGUAUGGCAAAGUCCAUUACAAAGGCACAGCCUUCCCUUCGGCUGUCGAGUAUCGAUGUGGAUCCCGAUGAUGCCGACGACGUAUUUCUGGCAACAGCCAUUGUCCACCAUGAGCACCGUUUAUGCGAAGAUGUCGAUUGUGUCCUCGAUGACCAACUUAUUGUUGCUAGCGGUUUCGUGUAUGCGGGUCGAUACGUUCUGGAUAGCGACCUGAACCGCGAUGCUGAACACCAAUUGAAGCCUGAACCAAUGAUGUGCCAGAUGGAAGACAAUCUAGAGCUGACUUUCCGGCAAGUCGGCCGUGUGGAAAGCUUCUACUUUGAGAGGAAGCCCGUGUCUUCCCUUCACAUCGAACCGGAUGAGAUUCAGUUGACACCACUGGCAUACGCCCUUGGACCUCGUGAAGCAGCUAUCCUCAAAGGAAACCAAGUUUCAGACUACUUCAGCAAUGUAUGCGUUGCAUCAGUACAGUGUAGCGGGGCCCAAGUUACAAGACUUCAACCAGGUGACAGAGUCAUUUGUUGCUAUCCAGGCAGGUUCGAUAGCUCUUUCGUCGUGAGCGAAAGUGCUUGUGAGGCGUUAUUCUCUGAGGAAGAUGCAGGAGACAUCAUCACCUCAUUGUUACCAUACUGCGUGGCAAUUCACACCAUGCGUAAUAUAGCUCACAUACGCAAAGGACAAAUAAUACUGGCCGAAGGUCUACCGGACGCAAUAGCCAUCGCAAUAGCACGAUAUGCGCAAGCUUCUGAAUGCAGCGUUAUUCUAGCGUUUGACUCAGAGGAAGGCAAGAUCUCCUUCCAAGAUGAACACCCAGAUGUCGUAUCGUAUGCAUCCUGCAUCCUGAGCUUGAUGCUGACGCAGCAGACGAACAUCUUGACAGAAGGCAAGGGAAUCGAUGUAGCGUUGACAUGUCCAAAGAGCACGAACUCCCCUACAAUCUGGCAAACCCUAGCGAAGGACGGCCGUCUCAUCUAUACGCUGGAAGGCUCGGAGCUCCCCAAUAUCAGCUUGCUUAAUCCUUCAGUCUUUGUGCGAGGUGCCUCGCUGUCUUCUUUUGACAUGAACGACAUGAUUGCGGCACAAUCUCAAAAGGCGACGACUCUUGUGGGUGAAGUCUUGGAUCUUUUGCGGCAUGGUACAAUCCAGGGUAUUUCCCCAAGCGCGACCUUCAGUCUUUCGGAGCUACCGCGUGCAGUUGCUGCAGUGGCGAAGCCAAACGCGACAUCUGAUAUCGUCCUCACGUUUGAUCGUGGAGAUUUAGUACCCAUUCAUCUUCCUUAUCAACAAGUUGAGUUCAGCUCGGAGUUCUCAUACGUCCUAGUUGGGUGCCUUGGUGGGUUAGGCCGAAGUCUGGUGAGAUGGAUGUUCUCACAAGGUGCGAGACGAUUUUUGUUCCUAUCAAGAUCAGGUGCCGAAAAACCUGUAGUGGCAAGCUUCAUCUCAGAGCUAGCAAAAAUGGGCGCCGAAAGUAUAGUCGUCAAGGGUGACGUUAGUCGUCUUGAAGAUGUGCAUCGCAUCGUCUCAUUAGCCAAGACGCCCGUCAGAGGAGUCAUGCAGCUAGCCAUGGCGUUACAUAGCAGAUUCUUCGACGACAUGUCCAUCGAAAAUUGGCAGGGUGUUCUGUCUCCAAAGAUACAGGGAACAAUCAACCUACACCAGGCACUAUAUCACGAACCAUUAGACUUUUUCGUCAUGACUAGCUCGACUCUUGGUAUCGCUGGUGCAUCGACACAGAGCAACUACGCUGCUGCAAAUGCUUUCUUGGACUCCAUGGCCCGACACCGUUGGAGUUUGGGUAUGGAAGCGUGUUCUAUUGCACUUGGAAUGAUUGUUGGAGUCGGACAUGUGGAGGAUCAUCCUGAAGUCAAGCAAGCUUUCGAGCAGCGGAACAUCUAUGGUAUCCCCGAAGAUGAGUUCUUGAGAAUGAUGGAGACUGCUUGCAGACCUCGAGGUGCCAUUUCAUCCAUGUCCAAACACGACCCGCUCAGUGUUGCACAAAUCAUUACGGGCCUGGAACCAGGCAUGCUCGCCGGAUCGGCUAUGCAGUCAUCAUGGCUCGCAGAUCCUCGUUUCUGCAAUAUAGCCACUGCUAUUGCGCAGAUUAGCGAAGGGAGCGCUGUGUCUCAAAGUGACGAAACACUAGAUACAGUGACAAGGCUCAGAGCAGCAGCGGCGUCAAACAACGAGAACGCAGUUCAACUCGCAGUCAAGGAUCUCGUGCUCCAACAAUUUUCUAAACUCACGUUGGUCUCACUGGAUAAGCUUACCACGUCGCUGGAGCGCCCGAUGGCAGACUUUGGCAUGGAUAGCAUGAUAACUGCCGAACUUCGUAGCUGGGCUUGGAGGGAGCUUGCAGCAGACUUACCGUUCAUGAAACUUCUCAAAGGAGAUAUGCGGAUUGGCGCAUUGGCAGAUCUCGUGUGGUCUUCCAUGGACCACGGGAGAUGGCAAUGUUGAGCAUGACGAUUGUGGGGGCACUGGUGGUGGGUAUGCGUUGAUGUCCGCUAGCUGUAGGCUUCAAUUAGACCUUCUAUUGUAUUUAAACAAUAUAGUCGGUCGCAAAAAUCUGUGAAUGACCUCAGUAUCAUGUCUCGG